AUGAUCGGACAGAACCACAUCUUGUCCUGCUCGGACUCCGCAUCGCCCUGUCCCCCAAAGACCUCCCUGUUGCGGGCCUCACACAAGCCCGAUACAAUUCCCCUGCUUGAGCCCGUGGACGACAACCUUCGGCCCAUCAUCCUGGAUGGCAGCAACUUGGCCCUGAGCCACGGGAACAAAGAGGUUUUCUCCUGUCGGGGGAUCCUGCUGGCAGUGGAUUGGUUCCUGGAGCGCGGGCACAAAGACAUCACUGCAUUUGUGCCCGCUUGGCGCAAACACCUUUCCCGCCCUGAUGCCCCCAUCAAAGGACAGGACAUCCUGCGGAGGCUGGAGCAGGAGAAGAUCGUGGCGUUCACCCCGUCCUGGCGCCGGGGCCGUAGGUCGGUUUGCCACCACAGCCGCUUCGUUGUCAAGCUGGCCCACGAGUCCGACGGCGUCGUCGUCUCCAACGACGACUACAGGGGCGUGGUCAAUGAAAGGCCAGAGUGGAAGAAGCUCAUCCACGAGCGGCUGCUGAUGUACUCCUUUGUCAAUGACAAAUUCAUGCUGCCGGAAGAUCCUCUGGGGCGGCACGGCCCCAGUCUGGACAAUUUCCUGAGGAAGAGACCCAUUAUUCCAGAACAUAGCAAGCAGCCCUGUCCUUAUGGUAAAAAGUGCACCUAUGGUCACAAGUGUAAGUUCCAACACGUGGAAAGGGGGCCCCAGAUUCAGUGCUCAAUGGCGGAGGAGCUGUGUGGCGAAAGGUCUCACAAAGCCGUGCUAGUGAAGAGCCGCAGCCUGCCCUCCAGCUCACGGCCUGAGGACCUCAAGUUCCACCACCACCACCACCCUCACCUCCCCUGCCCUCAGUCACCCCCAAACUGCUGCUCCCAGUCACCCAAAAACCACUGCCCCCAGUCACCCCAAAACCACUGCCCUCAAUCAACUGAAAACUACAGCCCACCGUACUGCCACUGCCCCCAAUCACCCCAAAACCACUGCUCCCAAUCACCCUCAAACUACUGCCACCAGUCACCCCAAAACCACUGCUCCCAAUCACCCCAAAACUACUGCCCUCAAUCACCCCAAAACCACUGGCCCCAAUCACCUGAAAACUACAGCCCACAGUACUACCACUUCCCCCAGUCACCCCAGCAAAUCCACUAUCGCAUGUCCUCCCACUCUUUCCUCUAUAGUUCUCAGAGUCUGAUGUUUGUCGAUAGCCUUUGCCCUGAGGACCUGCCUAGCACGGCUCUGCCCCCGAAUCUCCAGCUAUCUGGUGUGGGGAGUAGCUCCAGUUGCCCCGGUGAUAACUGUCCUAUCACCUGGGCCAUGGCAGAGAGGUCCACUGUCUUCCCCCGCGAUGAGGGUGCCUUGGAGUCCUGGCUGUAUCACGGAGGAAGCCCCGUCCACAGGGCGGAGUCUGCGGGAGACUGGGCGGGGCACCAUCCACAACCCCCACACACAAGCCAAGACCACCUCGCAUGCCAGGACAGGCUUGAGGGCUGUCAGUGGACAUUGGCUCUGCCUUGGGAACACCCCGCCUACUCCACCUGCUGCCCUGUCCACAGCCCUGCCCCAGGCCUUGGCUCCGCCCCCGACCUCAGCCAGCACCAAGAUGCGCGGCAUAAGGUGUUCAUGGAUCUGUGCCAAAUUUUCCCGCCAGAGCUGGUGCGACUGGUGAUGGAGAGGAGUCCGCACACUGCUGAUCCGCAAAUUCUAGCCGCCACCAUUCUAGCUGAGACGUCAUUGGCCAGCUUCUAACUCUGGGGGUGGGACCUUUAAAGAUUGAAGUUGACAAAUUAAACUGUGUGAAUUGUGUCAAAUAGGGGUUUUCUACAUGUUGAUUAGAUACUGUUUCUUGUGCAUCAUUCACUUUCAGAGACAGAGAGAGCUUUUCAGGGAUGAUGUCACAUUUUAUUCUGGUUUGCUGCAUUAACAGCUGCUCUUUUCCCCUCAUUACGUCCAUGGUCCCCUGAACAGAAAUUAAACUGUCAUGUUUUGAAAUGUAGCUAUACAGAUAUAACAGUAUUGCAGUGUGCAGGUGAAACUGUAUUUGUGCACAGGUAUGAUACUGAUGUGGUGUAUGGGUAUGGUACUACUAUGAAUACUAAUUGUAUAGUUUUAAUUAUGCUGUAGUACCUGUAUAAUAACAGUGUAUUUUACAGGUAUAAUGGUAACAUUUUCUUUUUUGACAAUGCCAUAUCAUGGAUCUCUUGACUACCGCUACUGGUAUCCAUGAGCCUUAAUUUAAUUCAUUUAUUAUUAUUAUUGUUAUUAUUAUUAUUAUUAUUAUUAUUAUUAUUAUUAUUAUAUUACUAACUCUGGCCUUAGCACAUACAGCAAUAGUGCCCCCGUGUGGUUGAAUGGCCAAAGUGACAGACGGAUUCACGUAGCAUUGUAGUGUAAUUUCCAUUAGGUGAGAAUAUACCUGCAUGAAUCCCACUAAUUUUGUAAAUUAGGCAGAAUUCUGUUUGCAUUUCUGUCACCCAUUUCCCUUAAUUGAAAAACACUUAAGGCAGAGUGAAUAUCCAUAUUCUUGGGUCGUAAAUUACAGCUCUUACAAAUACUUAAGAAUAGAAAAUUUUUGGCCUUCACCUGAAUUCAAAGUAGGGAAGAAAUUUACACAGUCAUUUAUUGGGAUAUAAUUUAAUGGCUUUAACAUUUAUUUCAUAAAUACGUUUAUGGAUUUAUUUUUACAGUUACACUUGUAUAAGUUGGCAUUAAAAAUUAUGCUAAAUAUUUUCUAGAUAUACACUGUCAGCAUUGAGUCAAAAUGACAUCAUAACACUGGACAUGUGGAUUUCUGAAUGGACAAGUAAGCACAUUCUAAAUUUAUUUUCAUUGCAUUAAAAAGAAAUCAUGUUGACAAUUUCAGAACAUUAGAACACAUGCACAAGAAGAGAUCAUAAAAAAGCUAAUAUAUCAGACAAUAUAGGCUGAUAAAGACUGGUAUAUCAGGUAACACACCCCCCUGUGUAAUAUUUUUAGACCCAUUUUUCUACAAUAAACUAAAAACCAUAAAUUGUGAUUAAUGUCCAUAUAAA